AUGAUUCAUUUGACCGUGGCUUCGCCCUACCUUGCAAGCUACAAACCACUCCCCCAGCCUUUUGUUUUCCUCCCUCUAGCUCUAGAGGUCUACUAGUCUUUGGGAUGAGAGGAGAGGAGCCACCACUAACCCUUAAUCAAAGUCCUUAACCUUGAUUAGCUCCCUCCUAAUCCCCAGCUUUAGAGUUGAGGCCUUGAGGGCCAAACAAACACCCUUGUUGUCUCGUCCCUCCUGCUGCCCCCCUGCGUCCCUGUUGCUUGCUGCGCCGGUUCUUGGGGGCCGAGGAGACGUCGCCGUAGGCCGGGGCGGCAUGUCGAACGCCGGCGAGGCCCGAGGCGUGGGGACCGGGCGCGGGUCGCGGCUGCCGCGGUGGACGCGGCAGGAGAUCCUGGUGCUCAUCGAGGGGAAGCGGGUGGUGGAGAGGAGCGGCCGCGGCCGCGGCCGGGGGCGGGCCAGGGGGGGCGACGGCGGCGCGGAGCCGACCAAGUGGGCGGCGGUGGCGGAGUACUGCCGGCGCCACGGCGUCGACCGCGGGCCCGUGCAGUGCCGCAAGCGCUGGAGCAACCUCGCCGGCGACUACAAGAAGAUCAGGGAGUGGGAGCGCGUCUUCGCGGCCAGGAAGGAGGCCUCGUUCUGGGCCAUGCGCAACGACGCGCGCCGGGAGAGGCGCCUCCCGGGGUUCUUCGACCGCGAGGUGUACGACAUCCUCGAGGGGCGCGCCGUCGGUAAUGUGGCGGCGGCGGCGGCCACGGCCGCGGCGCGCCCUGUUGUGGUGGACGUGGAGAGCAAGGCGGAGAUGACCGCGGCGGCGAUCGACGGCGGCCGCGGGGACGAUGGGGCCGGGCUGUUCUCGUCGUCUGAGGACGAGGAUGAUCAAGAAGACGAUGCGGCCACGCCAAGCCCCACUCCGACGCCGACGCCGACGCCGACGCCGCCGGCGGCGCCGGUGGCCUUACCCAUCUCCGAGAAGACGGCUGAUGUGCCCAGACAAGAGAGCUCCGAGCAAGCAGGCACAUCAAAAAGAAAGCAGCCAGAGCAAAUUACGGAGGACUCACCAGCACAGUAUGGGGAGAAGAGGCAGCGCAGCGAUGACAACACCUCUGGACGAGCUGCCAUGACCAACCUGCAGGGGCAGCUGGUGGAGAUCCUAGACCGAAGUAGCCAGAUGGUGGCGGCACAGCUGGAGGCACAGAACAUCAACAGCCGACUGGACAGGGAGCAGAGGAAGGACCAGGUGAGCAGCCUGCUCGGUGUGCUCGGCAAGGUGGCUGAUGCCCUCUACAGAAUUGCUGAUAAGCUGUAGCCGCCACAGGAUGUGUCUUGAGCACCGUAAAUAAAACGCUGCAAGAAUGUACAGAAGAAUGUACAGAUUGAUACAGGUUCUUGGCAUCCUAUUGUUCUUGUGGGUUGGUUCUGAAAUUUGGUCAGAAACCUGAAAUGGGAUGCCCUUUUUUUUUUAACCCAUGGAAUGUGUAUCUGUAUGCCUCCAUGGUGCAAAACUCUGUAUUAUGCUGGCUCUGGAUCCUGCAGAGGAAUUGAAGUGCAUAUCUGAU